CUAAACAGAAAUGUCACACACAUAAAAAUCUCAACAUCUCCUAAAAAGCCCAAAACUUUUCUAAAAUUAGAAAACAACCCCAAAAACAUAAAGAUGAGAAACAAUCUCGUCCCUCUAACUCUUUCCUUCCUCACCAUCACCUUGCUAUUAACUCCAUCGAUGGCAGAACCAGAACCUUCUUUUAUCUUCCCCGUACAUCAACUCCUCAACACAACCAGCUCUUGGCUCGACUUUUCGACCAAAUUCAACCAACCAAAGAUCGAACUAACCGCAUCAACACUCAUCGCCGUUGUACUCUCUUUCCUCGCCGCAACUAUCUCAAGCGCCGGCGGUAUCGGCGGCGGAGGGUUAUACGUUCCUAUAAUGACUAUCGUCGCCGGACUCGACCUGAAAACAGCUUCAAGCUUCUCUGCUUUCAUGGUAACAGGAGGAUCCAUAGCAAACGUGGGGUGCAAUCUUUUCCUCAGAAACCCUAAAGCUGGAGGCAAGACGAUGAUAGACUUCGACUUAGCUCUGCUUCUUGAACCGUGUAUGCUUCUUGGAGUUAGUGUCGGAGUGAUAUGCAACCUCGUGUUCCCGAACUGGCUUAUAACGAGUCUCUUCGCCGUGUUUCUUGCGUGGUCGACGGUGAAGACGUUUGGAAACGGGGUUUAUUACUGGAGGUUGGAGUCGGAGAUGGUGAAGGUCAGAGAGGCGAGUAUGGUCUUCGGAGAAGAAGAUGAGAAGAUGGAGAGUGUGAAGUUGCCUCUUUUGGAAGAUUAUGAGAGACCAAAGAGGUUUCCAUGGAUGAAGCUUGGAGUUUUGGUGGUUAUUUGGCUCUCUUACUUUGCAGUUUAUCUUCUUCGCGGAAACAAAUACGGCGAGGGAAUCAUAUCAAUCGAGCCAUGUGGAAUCACUUACUGGCUCCUCUCAUCAACUCAAAUACCCCUCACUCUCUUCUUCACUCUUUGGAUCUGCUUCAGCGAAAAUGUUCAAGGCAGCCAGUGUUGUGAUCACCAAGUCCCAGUAAAGGAUGUAGAAAAUCUGAGAUCAAAUGAUGGAGGAAGAUCAAACAAGUGCAUGUUUCCAGUAAUGGCUCUAUUAGCUGGAGUUUUGGGUGGUGUUUUUGGUAUUGGAGGCGGAAUGCUCAUUAGCCCUCUCCUCCUACAAGUUGGUAUCGCUCCUGAGGUAACUGCAGCAACUUGUUCUUUCAUGGUAUUGUUUUCAUCGACAAUGUCUGCGAUUCAAUACUUGUUACUAGGCAUGGAACAUACUGGAACUGCGAGUCUAUUUGCGAUUGUGUGUUUUGUGGCAUCACUCGUUGGACUGAUGGUGGUCCAAAAGGUUAUAACCCAGUAUGGAAGGGCUUCGAUAAUUGUGUUCUCGGUUGGUAUCGUCAUGGCACUGAGCAUUGUGUUGAUGACCAGCUAUGGAGCUCUUGAUGUUUGGAAUGAUUUUAUCUCUGGCAGUUACAUGGGUUUCAAAUUACCUUGUUGAGGCCAAACAAAAAGGUUUUGGUUUCUUUGAUUAAUAGUUCAUAAUAUAUGUGUAUACCCAUCAUAUUCAAUCCUUGCAUGUUUUUGUUGUUUGUUGUUCCAUUGUUCAUUAGAAUUUUUGUACAUUUUUGUAUGAUUUUUAAAUCCAUACUCAGAAUGCACAUCUCGUGCAUUCUGAAAUUCAUGGUCAAAAUAAGAUAUGUUGUAAGACCAAAAUUCAUAUUAUGCAUUUUGGAUGAUUUUA